AUGCCCGUCCACUCUCUCCCCUCCGCGUCUCCUGUGCCCUCAAUUCCUUCCAUCGACCUUGACGCGAUGGACACGGACGCGGACGAACGCCAGAAAGUCAUCCAGAAGAUCUUUGCCAGUGCCGAGCUCUCUCUCUGCGCAAGAGGCCUCCGCGCGCGUCUCGCGUACGCGAGCUUCAAGGCCUCUCGCAACAUCACGCAAGCCCAGCUCCCAGACCUCGAGGCCAAGACGCGGCCUCUGGCACACGCCAACCACGCAUCCAUACUCAACACGGCCUCCGCGACCCUUCCCCACUCGCAGGGCACACCUCGCGGCGCGAAACGCAAGGCCCCCUCGGGCGCGGGCGAUCAAUAUUACGCCUCGCCCUCAGCUCAGGGCCAAAGGGGCAACGCGAUGGCUCCGCCGGCCUCAUCUCGCUUACAUAACCAGCGUUCCCCGCGCGCCUCCACCUCCGGGGUGCACGCUUCGCCCACAGCAUCAAAUAGAAACACAAGCGGGCAGAGCCUCUUCGCCGCCCUGCUCGGUCCGCCGCCCCUGAAACAGGCGCGCACCGUGCACAACUCGUCCGAUCCGCCCGUAGCGCCCGCUGCGCGCACAGACAGGGCGCGUCGGAAUUCACGUGCAUCCGAGCACGGGCAUGGUCAUGGCCAUAGCCGUCGACACGGCCACGGGCCCGUCCGCAGCAUCGCUGAGGGGACGCGCGCACAAUCGCGCAGCCGGCGCGAGGAGGAGCGCCGUGGCCCGACGCGCGCGGGCAAAUCCUCCAAGAGCCGCCAGACCCAUUCUUCCCACGCCCACGCGAACAGCGCCACCCACGCACACGCGCAAGGACACCACGGACACUCGCGGUCCGCGCACGCGGCGCUCCCUGCUUCUACCUCCGCAUCCCAUGCACACGCGCACUCGCCCUACAUGGGCGCAGCGGGUGUGCGUGGAGGCACCGGUCGUGGGGGGCCGGGCGAGACCGGUCCCGGGGGCCAGCGGGGAGACACGGAGAUCGAGCGGAACGCGGUGCAGACGCUCACACACCUCCUCCAUGCGCGUCCGAGCGCCAGCGUUGCGAGCGUCGGCAGCGCGGGCGCGACUAGCCCACGCUCGACGCUCUCUGCGCACUCGGCCUCUGGCUCGGGCGCUUCGGAGGUGGGCUCGAUGUAUGCGCAGAGCUCGGCGCGCACCGGUGCCGGGCCGCCCAUUACGACGCCCACUGCGGCACCUGCUGCUCUGCCCUCGACAGCUGUGGCAAAUGGCAAUGCGCGUACUACGACGCCGCCCCGUUCCCAGGGUGCCCAUAUGCGCACGCAGUCCUCCGCAAGCUUAUCGGGUGGUAGCUUCCCCACGCACCUUACUGCCCCUGGCUCGCAGCACCAGGCGACGCCGCGUGCGGACGACGAGGAAGCUGCAAAUCUCAUGCUGUGGCUGCACACCUCGCCCUCGCCUGCACGCCCCGGUGCCGCGCGCGCUCGCGCGGGGUCUACCGCGUCGAAUACCAGUGGCGCGCACGAUAAGGACGCGGGCGCGAUGCAGGACCGCGUCGCGUUCCGCGCGCUUGGCGGGGGCGGGACUGCGAGUCUCAAGAACGCUGGGCGUGUGCUCUUCGCUGAUGGCCGCGGUGAGCGGGACUCGUCGGCCGCAAAGGCCCAGUCUCGCGGUGGCGCCGGAGAGGGCACCACGAGAGGCUCGCUGAAGCGCGAGCCGACAGAGCUCCUGCCGAGCAGCCAGGAGCGCAGCAGCAUGGGGAGCAUCGUGACGAGCGUGACGGGCAUGAGCGGGGGUACGAGCCACACGCUGAGCACGGCUGCGUCCGUGCCCGCCGGCGGCAUCGGUGCCGGGUCCAGCCUGGGCCUGCUGGCCCCUGCGCUGCCCGUGCCCGGUGAGCCGAACGUGAUCCCGCCGACGCCCAUCGAGCCCUCGGCGCCUGCGCCUGGGUUCCUACGCUCUCCCCCACGCGCUCGGUCUUCUUCGUCUGGCGCAGGGAAAGCCGAACCCGGCUCGCCCGUGCGCUCGACGACCUCGUCGUCCCCGCGCUCGCAGACACACGGCGCCGCGCCGCCGACGCCGAGUGCGUCGUUCAAUCUCAGCGAGUACAUCAACGUCUCGCCGUCGCCCGCCGCUGCUGCUGCUGUGCCGUCUUCGGCGGGCUCGGCGUCGCGCGUCAAGGCGGGGAGCGCGAGCGGGCUGCGGGCGGAUGUGGGAAGGAGGCUGUUUGAGGAGCAUCAUCAUUCGCACCAUGGGCAUGCGAGGGAGGGGAGCGGGGCGUUGGGUGCUGGGAUCGAUUUGCGGAGCUGAAUGUGGGGAGGGUGAAUACCGAUCUGCAGUGACCUGCGUCGAACCACAGGCGAGAUUGGCCAAUGCGUGGCCCGUCGUCGCUCCCCGCUUCUUAUCUUUUCCUCCGUCAUUUCCGGGCCAGUCCAUGUCAUGUUCUCCUCUGGCCCUUUCCAAAUCUCCCUCGUCACUUUAUCCUUGCCAGCCGAGGUUCGACCUCUGGCUCUCGCUCAGCCUCAAGUUUCGAUUCCAUUAAUGGUAUUGCCUUUUUAUCUGUAUCAACACCGACCACCUCAAAGCGAAUGAACGAAACCCACGAACGAACGAACACGAAGCAUCGGAAUUUCUGCAACCUUUGUAGCCCAAUAUCUAUUGGUUCUUCUCCUCGUCUCCCCGUUUCCUAUUCUUUCGAAGCUCUUUUUAUCCGUUUCCCACUUCUCGUCUGUCUGUCUGGGACUUUCAUAGCUGCCAUCUCCGAUUCACCCACUCCAUUUUUUUGUAUAGCUCUGCUCAGCUGAUCAGCACGCUGGAUCCCCUGCACGAUGGAUUAUCAGAGACGAUAUAGGUAUAUGCGCGGGACUCUGCUGGCCCGACGGUUGGACUGGUCGAUAUUUGAUUAUUUGCUUUUCUCGUUUAUUUUUCUGGAUUGUUUCUUCGCGUCUCGUCCCCAUUUAUUUCCCUUUUUACAAGGACAGACGUAUAACGUUCCUUUGCCUCGCUAGCUGCUCGCGUGCGCUUGGCCCUCUUUUCAUCAGCGCACCGCUCGUUAUGACGCGUGCGGACACGCUCCUUCUUUGCUUGCUUUUUCUCGCCUUUCAUCUUGACCACGUCGCACCGUCCUCCGUCAGCGUAUUCCUGACGCAUAUGCCUGCACCGCUGCAUCUUCACCCCGCUGCACCCUUUUCCAUCUCAAAGGUCUCUUUCCAUUCACGCAUGGCAUCGAGAUAUCGAGAUCAACGAUAUUCCAAAGGUUUCGUGUCGCUGCUGCUUUUCUGUCGUUAUCAUCAUAGACUGUUCCCUCGACUGUUAUCUCGACGGGGCGCUUCAUCACUUCUUGCACAUUAUCAAUCAGGUCAUCUACGCUGCUGCUGUAGCUUGCAUUCCCCAUCCUGACUUAACGCCUUCCUGCUAUCUCACCCCUCCCCCAAUCCAUUCCUCCAAGUUCCGAUAAGGGGUGACAUAUGGCUCGCCCCCUUUUUUCAUUAUCCUUAUGCUCCAUUCUUCCAAUUCCC